AUCAACAAAACAGCAAAGUUAGAGAUAGAAAGAGAAAGAUAGAGCACUAAUUUGUUUGAUGAGUGGGACUAUGGCUUUUCUCUACUCUUUAGCUCAUCAUGAUAUGAUGUAAUUUUCAUUUGGUUUUUGUUUUUUUUUUUUUGUUUUGUUUUGGGUCUAUUUCUAUCCAUUUUCUUAAGAAAGGUUGCAUCAAUUUGAGUGGAUAUGUAAUGUUAUAAUGAAAAUAAAAUAAAUAAAUGGAUAGGGAAAGAGAGAUAAUGGGGAAAAUUCCAUAUCCAUUUUUACCACUCUAUUGCUUAUACUAAGUCCCUCUUUUCUUCUCUUUUCUCUUCUCUUCAGCUUCUUCCAUGAGUUCAUUCUUUGUUGGUUUUCCCUCUUCUUCUUCUUCUCAAACUUCUACUGCUAUUUUUAAUCUUUUGAAUGUGUUUCUGCUCUAUAGAUCUUUGCAGGUUGGUUAUCUCAAGGGUCAAACAUUGAUACCCACAUGAUUGAAAUGCUUGUUUUCUCUGGUUUUUGAUGACUUGGGUGUUAUUGGAUUGGAUUCAUUUGCUGUGUUUUGGGGUCUUUUUUCUGAUGAACUAAGUUUGGGAAUCUUUUAAGGGUUCUGUUUGGACCAAUUCCUUGUUCUGGGUUUUGGUGGGCAGCUACAGGAUAAAAACCAAAUUCUGUUUUUUUUUUUUUUUUUUUUAAGUAUUAGAAAUUGAGAAUCUUAGGAUUCUUUUCUGGCUUCUUUUUUGUAGGUAUGUGAAUUUCUUAUCCCUUAAUCAAAAGAAAUUUUUGGCUCUUACUAUAGCGUUCUUGUUUUCAACUCAUCUGGUUUGGCUGGGUGGAUAAGAAAGCAUCUUCUUUGCCAUACCUUUGAAAUCAUUUUCAAUCUGUAGUUGGGUUUUUUUUUUCCUCUUUCAUUUUUACACUUCUUCUUCUCUUCAUCACCAUCAUCCUUGAUUGUUUUUUCCCCAUGUCUAAGUGUUGGGUUUAAUUAGACAUUUUCCUGUAGAUUUGAUAGUGGGUCUCUCUUCUCUCUCUCUUUCUAAAACUUCUAACUGAGUUUAAGAAAGAGGUCAGACCCAGACCCACCUCACGUUGGUCACUUUGUCUAGUUUAACUUGUGUCGGCUACUGAAUUGGGUGAGAUUUUCUUCAUGUAUUUGGGGUUUAGCUCAAAGUUAGGGCAUCUAUUUUUGAUGCUUAUGUUUAUGAGAAGUAGUAGUUGUUUAUAUGGUUGAUUAGAUUUCUUCCAUGAACUGGUUCUUUAAUGGUGGAGUUAUGGAAACUAAGGCUGGUUUGCUUGGUGAGGGUGGGAAGAUAUGGCUCCAAUUGUGGGAGACUAUCAUUGGGAAUUGUUGCAAUAUACAUCACCAAUACUACCAGUAUAUUGGAUCCAAGAAAGUCAGAAAAAUAUGGUGGAGAAGGGUUUUGGUGGCUUGGGUUCUUGGUUCUACUCUUGCUUCUUUAUGGAUCUUCCAUUACAUGAGCUCCCAAGCUACAGAGAAGAGGAAAGAAGCCUUGGGAAGUAUGUGUGAUGAGAGGGCUAGGAUGCUUCAAGACCAGUUUAAUGUUAGCAUGAAUCAUAUUCAGGCAAUGUCCAUCCUCAUCUCCACCUUUCAUCAUGGCAAAAACCCAUCUGCUAUAGAUCAGAGGACCUUUGCGAGGUACACAGAAAGAACUGCGUUUGAGAGGCCUCUUACCAGUGGUGUGGCGUAUGCGGUAAGGGUGCUUCAUUCUGAAAGAGAACAUUUUGAGAAGCAACAAGGCUGGACAAUUAAAAGGAUGGACAAAAUCGAACAAAGUCCGGUUCACGAAGAUGACUAUGCUCCAGAAGAUCUGGAGCCAUCACCCACCCAAGACGAAUAUGCUCCUGUAAUCUUCGCACAGGAUACAAUUUCUCAUGUUGUUUCUCUCGAUAUGCUGUCGGGAGUGGAAGACCGUAAGAAUGUAUUACGUGCUAGAGCAUCAGGAAAGGGAGUCUUAACUGCUCCAUUCAGGUUAAUCAAAACAAAUCGUCUAGGGGUAAUACUUACAUUUGCGGUCUACAAAAGAGAUCUUCCCUCAAAUGCCACUCCAAAUGAGAGGAUUCAAGCUACAGAUGGGUAUCUUGGCGGAGUUUUUGAUAUCGAGUCGCUGGUGGAGAAGUUACUUCAACAGCUCGCAAGCAACCAAACCAUCCUAGUGAAUGUUUAUGAUACCACUAACCAGUCACAUCCAAUCAGUAUGUAUGGUAAAGUUGUAUCAGAAGAUGGGUUGCAGCAUGUUAGCCCCCUUAACUUUGGGGAUCCAGACAGGAAGCAUGAGAUGCGAUGCAGAUUCAAACAAAAACAACCUUGGCCAUGGUUGGCAAUGACAACUUCAAUUGGCAUACUCAUUAUUGCAUUGCUUGUGGUGUAUAUAUUCCAUGCAACUUUGAACCGAAUCGCCAAAGUGGAGGAUGAUUAUCAUGAGAUGAUGGUACUCAAGAAACGGGCAGAAGAUGCUGAUAUUGCCAAAUCCCAGUUCCUUGCAACUGUUUCCCAUGAGAUCAGAACCCCAAUGAACGGUGUUCUAGGAAUGUUGCAUUUGCUUAUGGACACAGACUUAGAUGUGACUCAACAAGAUUAUGUUAAAACUGCACAAGACAGUGGAAAAGCUUUGGUAUCAUUAAUAAACGAGGUUUUGGAUCAGGCAAAAAUUGAAUCUGGAAAGCUCGAGCUUGAAGCUAUACCGUUUGAUCUGCGAGCAAUUUUGGAUGAUAUUUUAUCACUCUUUUCUGGGAAAUCUCAAGAAAAAGGACUGGAGCUGGCAGUUUACAUUUCAGAUAGUGUUCCUGAGACGCUUAUUGGUGAUCCUGGAAGGUUUAGGCAAAUCAUCACUAAUCUAGUGGGAAACUCAAUCAAGUUCACGGAGAAAGGACACAUAUUUGUCACUGUUAAUCUCGUCAAGGAGGUUAUGGAAUCAAUCAAUCUUGAGAUCGAGUCGUCAACAAAUAGCACCUUGAGUGGCUAUCCUAUCGCCAAUAGAUGUCUUAGCUGGGCAGGAUUUCGAACGUUCAGUCAAGAGGGACCCACUACUUGUCAUUUCAUGCCAUCUCCACCAGACCUUAUUAACCUCAUGGUAUCCGUGGAAGAUACGGGUGUUGGUAUUCCACUAGAAGCCCAGUCACGCAUUUUCACUCCCUUCAUGCAGGUUCGACCAUCCAUCUCUAGAACUCAUGGGGGAACGGGUAUUGGGCUAAGUAUUAGCAAAUGUUUGGUUGGCCUCAUGAAGGGGGAGAUUGGUUUUGUGAGUGUACCUAAGGUUGGCUCUACCUUCACAUUCACUGCGGUUUUCACAAAAGGUUCUUCCAAUUCAAGUGAGUAUAACAAAACCCAACAGAUUAAGAACACUUCCAUUACUGCAACCUCAGAAUUUAAGGGUAUGAGAGCAUUAGUUGUGGACCAUCAACCUAUUCGGGCCAAAGUAUCGAGAUAUCAUAUCCAACGACUUGGAAUUAAUGUCGAAGUCUUAUCUGACCUGAAUCAAUGUCUGUCUACCACGACUAUUAGUGGUUCAGCUAUCAAUAUGAUUUUUGUUGAGCAGAAACUUUGGGAUCAGGAAAUGAGCGCAUCAGAUCAUUUUAUCAAAAACUUGAGAAAUUCUUAUACGGUUCCUCCCAAACUAUUUCUCCUUACUAGCUCCAUUAGUUCUUCAAAAGCUAGCACUAUAAUUUCUGAUGUAUUCACCCCCACUGUCAUCUUAAAGCCCUUGAGGGCAGGCAUGCUCGCUGCCUCUCUACACCGAGUCAUGAGUGUGGGGAUCAAGGGUAAUCCUCGCAACGGAGAGCUUCCUGUUCUCUCACUCCGUAAUUUACUUCUUGGUCGAAAAAUUCUAGUAAUAGAUGACAAUAAGGUGAAUCGUAUUGUCGCUGCUGGUGCUCUACAGCGGUAUGGAGCUGAUGUGGUAUGUGAAAACAGUGGACGAGAUGCAAUCCGAUUGCUUACGCCACCCCAUCAUUUUGAUGCAUGUUUCAUGGAUAUUCAGAUGCCAGAAAUGGACGGCUUUGAAGCUACAAGAAGAAUUCGGGAAAUUGAACAUCGAAUCAAUGAUGGUAUCCAAGUUGGAGAACUAUCAAAAGAAGCAUAUGAGAAUACAUGUUAUUGGCGCGUACCCAUCUUAGCCAUGACUGCAGACGUAAUCCAAGCUACGCAUGAGGAAUGCCUUCGGUGUGGGAUGGAUGGGUAUGUUUCGAAACCGUUUGAAGUUGAGCGACUUUACCGAGAAGUUUCGCAAUUUUUCCACAGUACCUCAAAUGGAACUUUAUAGAGAGCAAUCAUAUAAAUCCAAGGUUGCCGAUGACAUUGGCCUGUUCAGGAAUGUACAGCAUGCUUAAAAGGGUGUAAAUUACCUCCGAGUAAUCGAAGGUGAUCGACUUCUUGGAUUGCUUCAUAUUAUGCCAGGCAAGCCUAGAUUUUGUGGAAGAGUGUAAAUAGUAGACAGACAUGAGUGGUCGGGUGGAGUUAUCGUCAUCAGAACAAACGAGAAAUGUCGCUAUAUUUUUUCGAAGUUUCCAGAUUGGUCACUGAGGAAAAAAAUUCAAGAUUCAUUUGGAAGUAGAAUUCAAUAGGGACUUUCUCAAAUGAAAGUAAUUGAAGACUGUGGUUUGCAAUCUUUUUGCCUUAUUUUAUGAUCAUCCUACAAGUUGCUCAUCAGAGGGGGACCAGAAAUGGCACUGUAGAUAUAAAUUUGGAUGGAAGAAAGGAAGGAAGAAGAAUGUUUGUGUGGCAACUGGAAGGAAAAAGUGUUUUGUAUAUUAAAAACAUGUUUGAUUUGUACUCACACAAGUUUAGUCCUCUCUUUUUCUUUUUGCUAAUUUUGUUGUAUACUUCUCUAUUCCAAAUGAAAAUAGGACAAAACUUUACACACUAUCAGAUUUGAAGGAAAAAAAAUGAUAAUGAUUUCCAUUCCUUCAGGUCUGUGUUCUGUAUAAAAUUUUCACCAUUCAUUCAGUUUUUUUUUUUUUUUUUUUUUUUUUUUUUUUUUUUGUGGAAAAGUAUUGUGUGAGCUUGAAGAGUGUCAAGUGGAUCUUCCAAGAAAAGACCUACAAUUUGGAAGCCUUUAAUCAUUGUUAUUAACAAAGGGAAUACCUUUUUUCUCAAA